GUCUUUCCUUACUUUUUAUUGCGCUUUUAUCGCACAAAGCACACACAUACACAUACUCCUAAACCAAUAUCAUCAUGCCACCAAAAGAAGAUUGGGAAAAAUACGACAAGCCCAUUGACGAGAACGAGAAGGAUGAAAAAAUCGUUGCAUUGGACGAAGGCGAUAUUAAACUGCUCAAAACUUAUGGUCAAGGUCCGUACGCAAAGGAACUCAAAGUCUUAGAGCAAGAUAUCAAAGAUACGCAAAAACGAGUCAAUGAAAAGAUUGGUGUGAAGGAAUCAGACACAGGAUUAGCGGCACCGAACUUGUGGGAUAUUCCUGCUGAUAAACAACGCAUGCAAGAAGAACAACCACUUCAGGUCGCACGCUGUACAAAAAUCAUUCAAGGCGGUGAUAACGAAGAUGCGAAAUACAUCAUCAACGUUAAACAAAUUGCAAAGUUCGUCGUGGAACUUGUGCGUCACGUAUCACCAACCGAUAUUGAAGAAGGCAUGCGUGUGGGUGUCGAUCGUACAAAAUACCAGAUUCAGAUUCCAUUGCCCCCGAAAAUCGAUCCUUCGGUGACCAUGAUGCAAGUGGAGGAAAAGCCCGAUGUCACAUACAGCGAUGUCGGUGGAUGCAAAGAACAAAUUGAACGAUUGCGUGAAGUGGUGGAAAUUCCUUUGCUUCAACCGGAACGAUUCGUCAACCUCGGUAUCGAUCCUCCCAAGGGUGUGUUAUUGUACGGUCCCCCCGGUACUGGCAAAACCUUGUGUGCACGUGCAGUGGCCAAUCGAACCGAUGCCACUUUUAUCCGUGUCAUUGGUUCCGAACUUGUUCAAAAAUAUGUCGGUGAAGGUGCACGUAUGGUUCGUGAAUUAUUCGAAAUGGCAAGAACCAAGAAGGCGUGUAUUAUCUUCUUUGACGAAGUAGAUGCUAUCGGUGGUGCACGAUUUGACGAUGGUGCAGGUGGAGACAAUGAAGUGCAACGUACCAUGUUGGAAUUGAUCAAUCAAUUGGAUGGUUUCGAUCCUCGAGGCAAUAUCAAAGUACUAAUGGCCACCAAUCGUCCCGAUACACUGGACCCCGCAUUAUUACGACCUGGUCGUUUGGAUCGACGAGUAGAAUUCGGUUUACCUGAUCUUGAGGGUCGUGCACAUAUUUUAAAGAUUCACGCAAAGAGCAUGAGUGUGGAACGUGAUAUCCGUUACGAGCUUAUUGCACGAUUGUGUCCAAAUGCCACCGGUGCCGAAUUGCGAAGUGUGUGUACAGAAGCUGGCAUGUUUGCCAUUCGUGCGAGAAGAAAGGUGGCAACGGAAAAGGACUUUUUGGAAUCCGUAAAUAAGGUGAUCAAGGGAUAUCAGAAAUUCUCCAGUACUCCCAAGUAUCUUAUGUGGAAUUAGAUCUUUUGCCCAUCAUUAUCGUCUUUCAAUAAAUUUCCUCUUCUCUG